GGCAAGUAUAACUGAGAAUAAAAAUUGUUCUUUGUGUUUCGCGUUGCAUUUUCAAAACUAGAAAUUGGUGCCUUAAAUACUGAGAUUUUCAGUUUAGCUAAACUCUACCACAAGAAGAAGAAGAAGAGAAUGGAUUCUACCGCUCAUGAUCAAGAAUUUAAGAUAAUAUUGGGAUCAUCAUCUGUUGCCCGCAGAAAGAUUUUGGCGGAUAUGGGUUUCAAAUUCACUACUAUGUCUGCAGACAUAGACGAAAAGGCGAUUCGGAAAGAAAAGACCGAAGAUUUGGUUAUGGCUCUUGCAGAGGCAAAGGCAGAUGCUAUAAUAGGAAAACUCGAGAAUAUCAGGAAUGAUGAGAAGGAUGCCAAGCCGACGCUUGUAAUAGCUGCUGAUACUGUAGAAAAUGUCCAACCAAAGCUUCACGGCAAAGAGGAUGCACAAUCAACAUUGCUAAUUACUUGUGACCAAGUGGUGGUGUAUGAAGGCAUGAUAAGGGAAAAACCUUCUAGCAAAGAGGAGGCUCGCCAAUUCAUAAAAGGUUAUUCUGGUGGACAUGCUGCCACAGUGAGUUCUGUUCUUGUAACAAACCUUAGCAAUGGAUCAAGAAAAGGGGGAUGGGACAAAGUCGAGAUUCAUUUCCAUGAUAUACCAGAAGAAGUUAUAGACAAACUGAUAGAAGAAGCGCUUGUCCUCAAUGUAGCAGGAGGGCUCAUAAUUGAACAUCCUCUGGUUGUGCCAUAUGUCAAACAAGUGGUGGGUGGAACUGAUAGUGUGAUGGGACUUCCGAAGGAUCUUACUAGAAGAUUAAUGAAGGAGGUUCUGUAAAUGAAGGAUUUGGAUUUACACUCAUUGUUUGCUUCAUUGCAAUGCUAAGCCAUUUUAGUGAGCUUUCCCAGAUUGUGGGGAAAUGUUAUUUACAUAUUAUGUGACUCAUAAAUUGAGCUUUUCCCAGCCCCUCUUAAGGGGAGUGUACCUUCAACUCCAAAUUGCUCGUGUUUAGAUAUUAUGUUACUCUUUUCUUUUCUUUUUUAUUUUUUUAAGAGAGGAGGGAGAUCAGUUGCAAUUUUAGUUCAUAAAUAUUUUGAAAAAUUUAGUUACUUUUUCGGAUUCUUUUCUUCUUUCUGAAAAUAAACAUGGACCUUUCAUGUUUACAUUUGGAGGUCCUGAUUCUCCAA